CAGUUUUUCAACCACUCCACAAAUGUCUUGUUAACAAACUAUACUUUUGGCUCUCUUCUUGAUUGAACAAUAAAGGGUUGUUAAAACUGUCUCCAACAUCCUGCGCUCUGCCUCCCCCUCCCCCCUCCCUCCCUCCUCACAGGUAAGAGACAGGUGGUGGGUGGUAGCUCUGAGUCUCCAGCUGCCAAGAGGCUGAAGAUGGAGUCCAGCAGCACGGCUAUCACCACCCAGAGUCCUGCCCCCUCAGGGAAGAGCACUCCACAGCCCCCAUCAGGCAAAUCAACUCCCAGAUCCAGUGACGUUCAGCUGACAGAGGAGGCGGUGAGCCGCUACCUGAUUCAGAAGCCCAUGACCACCAAGGACCUGCUGAAUAAGUUCCAGACCAAGAGGACGGGCCUGAGCAGCAAGCAGACGGUCAACGUCCUGGCCCAGAUCCUCAAACGCCUCAACCCUGAGAGGAAGAACGUCAACAACAAGAUGCACUUCUAUCUCACCGAGUGAACCGGACUCGUGUUUCAUUAGGGCAUGCGUUUUAAAAUGGAAAACGAAGUCCAAGUCCCUGUUUCAAUCCCUUUGGUGCCUAAUGAAUAUGACCCAGGGAGGAAGGAGGAGAUGAAUAGAAUAGGGUCAUUGGAAGAGGAAGGGUAGACGAGGAAGAGAAAGUGGAGUAAGGUAAAAAGAAAAGUGUUAUGCAACUGUGAUUUGAGAUGCGGUGUAAACUAGCUUCAAAAUCUGUCUCUAGAAAUGGUUUGAAGUCAAGUGUUCCUGUGGCAUUCCUUUCAGGUCAAACCACUUACUCUUACAAGACAUAUAGGUUUGUCCAUGAAUUAGGCAAUGUGAAAGUAUCAAUGAAAACAUUUCGUGUAGAUCUUGCCUGCCGAUUCAUCUCCCAUCACAAACCACUGGAUUCAACAAAACAAGUGUGGGUUAUUUUGUACGAAUUGGCGUAUCUCCCCAGGCCUCUAUUUCUUGUUUUAGAAUUUAGUAUUUUUUUGUUUGUUUAUUUUCAUUUCUAAUAAAAACCCUGCUGUUGCCAUG